AUGGGUAUAACCGCGAUCAAGGUUCGGAGCGAUUCCCAACUCGUAGUCCACCAAAUCCGCGGGGAGUACGAGGCCAAGGAGAAAAUCAUGAAAAAAUACUUGGCCAAGGUACGGGAGGUGAUAACCCUGUUUGAUGUUUUUGAAAUCGAGCAUGUGCCGAGAUCACAGAACAAGCGCGCGGACGCUCUGUCAAAACUAGCGUCCUCCUCGUUUGCCCACCUGAAUAAGGAAAUCUUGGUGGAGGUGGUCAAGCAAAAAAGCAUCGACCAGAUCCAAAUCUUGGCAAUAGGCAGCCCGGCCUCUUGGAUGACCCCCAUCGUGGAAUUUCUCAACUCGGGCGUCCUCCUCGAGGAUAAAACCGAGACUCGCCGCCUCCAAUUCAGGGCUACCAGAUACGCCUACGCUGAGGGGGCCCUCUACAGGAGGUCGUAUUUGUCUCCCUGGUUAAAGUGCGUGACUCCCGAGGAAGGCGACUAUGUCCUCCGAGAAGUUCACGAAAGCCUGUGCGCAGCACAUGUGGGGUCCCGAGUGUUGGGCAAAAAAUGCCUGCUCCUAGGCUACUACUGGCCCUCGGUGCUUCGGGAUGCCGCGGCUCUUGUUCAGAAAUUCCGAGCUUGCCAGGUGCAGCCUCGCUGCGUCACCAACCCACUCGGGAGAUGGUCCCCAUCCACAGUCCUUGGCCCUUUGCCCAACAAUGGGCGACAGUUCGCCGAAAACCCCUUCAGGAGCUGGUGCGCCGAACUCGAGAUCAGCCAACAUUUCAUCUCGGUCGGUCACCCCCAGGCCAACGGCCAAGUAGAGAAUGUUAAUCGAACCAUUCUGCAAGGGCUGAAGACUAGGCUGGAAUUGGCCCAAUCUAACUGGCUAGAUGAACUCCCUAGCGUCCUCUGGGUUUACCGCACCACGCCAAGGACGGCCACUCAUGAGACCCCGUUCUCCCUGACUUAUGGGGCAGAGGCGGUGGUGCCCGCGAAGGUCGGCCUCCCCUCGCCUCGGACACAGAAUUUCGUUGCAUCAGCCAAUGAAGAAUUGAGGUGUAACUUGGACAUGUUGAAGGCCAAACGCGAGGAAGCGGCGAUACGGAUGGCUAAGUACAAGAGCCAACUCGGCCGCUAUCAUAACGCAAAGGUGAGGAAUAUGCAGUACCAACCGGGUGACCUCGUCUGA